UGCAGUUUCAUUUUCACAUAUCGCUCUCCACGAGCACUGCAAGAUACAGUCUCCACGAGCACUCCACGAUUCAGAUAAUGACAAUGACUGAAAACGGUGCUGAAGAUCUGGAUCGAAUUUUCUUACAAAGUGCCAACAAAGUAUUCAUUGCUAAUAUCAAUGAAGUUGCUCUUUCACAAAUUUUGGAUUCCCUUUAUAGUGAUGGAAUGAUAGUCCAUGAGGAAAUGAGUACUAUUAACAGUGAGAAGGUUGUGCAUAAAAACAACAGAAAAUUACUUUCCAUCAUGACACACAAGACUCCAAAGCACCGCAGAUCUCUCAUAGAUUUGCUGAAGAAGGAACACACUGAUGUGUAUGAAGAAAUGCAGAAAGCAGCAAACCUGAAGAAAAAUGGACCACAGCAGUCUCGUCUGGGAUCUCUCUCGGAUUGGGAGGAAUAUGCUAGAGAACAUCUAGAAGAUAUCAUUCAACAACUUACCAAUGAAAUAGGAGACAAGAGGAUAAAACAACUGGAAGAUGAACUGAAAAACCGUCAGUUAAAAAAAGACUGGAACUGUAGUGACAGUAUGGCGAAUGAAAUAUUUAGCAAUGAGGAGCUGGAGGCCUACCUAUAUAAAGAAGCCUCUGCACGUAGAAGUUGCACGUUUCCUACCAAAAAAGCUUUUGAGAUAUUAUUUGUGAAAAAAGCGGUGUCAAACAAGGGUGGCACUUUAAUGAGACAAAAAACAUCAGACAAUGGAAUGGGUUCAAGUGAGGGUGGCAGACUAGAUAGUGGUAUUUCUGAUGGUAGCGCAAGCCACAGUGAUUUGCCAGACAUGGCUGCAGGUGGAAAUGAGGGAGGCACCAGUGUUCAAAAUGAAAGUAUAUCUCAAGAGGAGGUGUUUGGGGAAAAUAACCCUUCAGAGACAACAAUUAAUUAUUGUUCAAGUAUUCCUCAAAGGAGGAAAUAUUCAGGACCAAACAAAAAAAAUAUAAAAAAACAGAAACUGGAGGGAAUGCAGCUUGUACAAACUUACAUAGAAAAAAAUAACAUUACUUACACAAACUUACACAUGAUUAAUAACAAACAGCACAACAUUUACAGGUGCCUUACGGCUCAUGAGUGCUAUGUAUUUUGUGAUACGAACCGUGAGAAGAAUGUCAUUCUAACAACUGAGACGGCAUCAGUGUUGAAAAAAUCAGGGGGGUUCACAAAACCUUAUGCCUUCAAACUGCAGUACAACAUGGGAGUGCUCGGAAACAUUGCUAGAACUGAUGUGCUGCUUGAUGAAAAUAAUGUGAAUAAGUGCCAAUAUCGCAAGUCUUAUUUCAUGAUGUUUAUAGAUUACUUUGAGGAGUUUGUUAAGGAUGUACUCAUCCCUGUUCUUGCAGUAUUUUUAAAAGUUCAGAAGAAAAGUUUGUUGAAAAUGGAAGCUGAGUAGGCUGUAGAAACAACAGGCCCACUGUCUCUACUGGUUACCAUGGUUUUAAAGAUAAAGUGCUGUUCAAUUCAGGAAAUGCGUUUACAUGCUGUUAACAUUGACACCUUGGAAACAUGCAACCCAAUCAAUAACAACACAGUGACUUGAACUCAUUGUAAAUCACAUGUAAGAAAUGAACAAGUCACAGCAACUGAUACAAAUAUGUUGAUUUGAUUUCGCGUAAAAUAUGUAGUAUUGAAUUAACGGUUCAAAACCAAUUGAUUUUGUGUUGUGUACUGUAGUUUUACAAAGUUAAGACACAGAAAACGCUUUCUGUGGCGAAUGAAGGAAUGUUUAAUUGUCUCUCCAUUUGCUUUGUGGUGUUUGGGGUGUAACUAGUGAUUGUAUAAUUGCUUUUCUAUUAAGCGUGAGCAACAAUAUUUACUUGAGUAAACUUGCAAAUAUAAUCAAUGAGACGGACUAAUAUACAGUUUGUCUGGCUAUUAUUAGAAUUAAUGCUGUGUGGUCACUGUAUUUUUGUUUGCAUUAUAAUUUUCUUUUGCUUUUUCAAUUUUCCUAAUAAAGCUUAUCA